AAUGUUUACAUUGGAUGCACCGAGAAACCAAUUAACUUUGAAGUAUAUUGACAGAAUUUGCAUAAUUUCCAUGUUAUUUACAGACUAAUUUGUUUUGAAAGAUGUCUGCAUCUGGUGAUUACGAGAGGUCAGACAGAGAGUUUCACGACCCUACUCAUGAUUUCCAAGGUCGUAAUGUUGGCAGAACAGAUACCCCAGAAACUAUGCUAACAGAUUAUCCUUUAAGACCAGGUCCUGAUAUUUCUAUUGUAUGUGAAAAAUGUAAAUCGUUUAUUGCACUACCUCAGUUGAAGGACCAUAGACAGUUCCAUUAUGCCUUAACCAAACUAAGGUAUGGACUUGAAGAGCCAAAGAAUUCAGAUGUUCUGUUGAAGCGUAGAAAUUUUGUGCUGAGGAAAAUGAAAGCCACAGCAACUAAAGAUAAACCUGUCACUCCGCAGCAAAUUGAAGAGAUUAACGAGGCGUACGAAUAUUUAAAAGCCGUUCUGGAUGGAAAUUACGAGGAAUUCAGGCAAGUGAGAGAAGACGUCAAUGCGCAGGUUGGUGGCGUAUCAUUAAACUGUAGUCCCGACUGCGUUUAUGCCGUCGGAAUGGCAGCAAGUGCCAAUGAGAGAUGGAAGUCGUACAUGGAAGACGCUAGAACAUUCCAAGACUGUUUCGGAGAGGAUAAACAUAAAUGUUUUCUUGGGUUAUAUGAUGGUUACCAUGGGAGAUUUGCAGCGGAGGUUGCAGCUAGUGAGCUACAUAAACUACUGCUUAGUGAAAUGAUUAAAUUUGAUCCUCGCACAAAAUCCGUUGUUGCGGGAAAUUUAUUAGGUGACUCGGAUAUAUCACAUUACAAUUUUGAAAGACCCGAUACAAAACAGAGUGAACGGGCAAUGCUUUAUGAUGAAAGUGUUGGAAUUAUUCAAAAUAUCAUCAAUAUUUGUGAGGAUAAGUACAAUGAUUUGAUAAAGAAAAUGGACGACACGCCGGAAAACAGCGUGAAAGUCGAGGACGAGACACCAAGGAAAAAGAAAAAGAAGUCGCCUUUUGAGCGUAAAAUGGAGAAUGCAUUUUCAAAGGCGUACUACCUGCUGGAUAUUUUAUUGUCAUAUGGUAAAGAUGAGAAUUCAAAGAUAAGAUGGAGUGGUUGCUCCGCUGCUACUUGUGUUAUUCAGGAUUUGCCGAAAGACGAAAUAGGUAAAGACAGUAGUGAAGUGAACGAUGAAGAUGAAAGUGUAGUGAGUGGACUUGCUAGUGGUCUAGAACCUCCUAAAACUGUAGGGACUAUCCAUAUAGCUAAUGCAGGUAACGUGCAUGCAGUUUUAGUACGUGGAAACAGAGCCUACUCUUUGACCAAAGAUCAUACACCGAACAAUGCAAAAGAGAAAAAUAGAAUCAUUAAAGAUGGAGGCACACUAAGUGACAGCACUAAGGAGUGUCGGGUGAAUGGAGUUCUCCUAACAACGAGAGGUCUUGGUAACCAUGGUGACAAACCUCUCAAGAGAUGUGUGAUUGUUGAGCCAUAUACCACAAGUGCACCAGUAGACCAGUACGCUCAGUUUCUAAUUUUAGCAUCACGAGGAGUAUGGGAAGUGUUCUCUGAAAAAGAGGCUGCAUCACUGCUGAUUAAGCUUCUGCCGAACAACCAGAUUCCAGCCCCAAGCAAGGUGAACUCAACCAUCCGAACCCUAUUUGAUGAAAUGAAACGUCCUUCAUCCCAGGAGUCCAAUUCUCGUAAGGUUUCCUUCUCCAGUAACAGAUCGUCCUCACCAAAGAAGAGCUCAGAGUAUGUGUUUGGUAAUAGACAGAGAAGUGCGACCUUGGCCUCUGUUGCUGAAAACCAGCAAGAGGACGGAAGUAACAAGUCAGGUCAAGGGUCAGAGGUCAAAGGUCAAGGAGAAAGUCAACUUUUCAAAAUGAGUUCAUCAUCUGAUGAAAAAACAGGAAAAGUAGGAAAUGGAUCUAGACCAGGUAGUGGAAUAAAUAACAGGUCAGAAAAUGAUACUUCAAAGGAGUCAGGCGAGAAAAAAUCAGCAGACGGAAAAACAAAUCAGAGCCAUUCAACACCAACAGGGUCACCUUCGAAAGAAUCUAGUAAUAAAAGAUCUCGUCGGUAUGUCGACGCAGAUAUGCAGACGGAGAUUGGCAGUCGUAAUGGCGAUGAUUCGGAUGAUUCUGGAAACGAGGCUGAUAUCGAUUCGUAUUUAGAAAAUAUAUCGUUCCCUGGUGGCAUUUCUAGAAUAUCAAUGGUUGAUGGUCCCCCGUCCCGAGAGCAGAUACAGCGUAGACAGGCCCAGAUUAUGGCGGAGCAUUUAGUCCAGGCGGCACUUCUUGCUGGGGCCAAGGACAAUGUUACGGCCAUGGUUGUACUUUUACCGGGAAGUGGACUCUGAAUAUAGAGUGAAACAAUGCUAAGUUGCUGUUCUAAACUGAUAUUCUAUUUGCUAUUGUUAUUUAUGUUUCCGUUAAAGCUUUAUGCAUUUUAUUUGAUACAUUAUGUGGUAUAUAUUAUUAGAGUCACUUUAAGUUAAAGGCACAUUAUGCCUCAUAAAUCCAUAUACUUUUAAUUCUUUAGAAAUAUCAAAAAUAUGAUUAAAAAUGUUUAGAUAAUAAAUGUAUUAAGUGCAUAUAGGAUGUUUUACAUCUGACAAAAAGUACCGCUGAACAUGAAGUUAUGUGUCGUAAAGGUAUGAAAAUGUAUGAAGUAGUAUUUUGACUUCCAUACAAAAUACUAAUUCACUAUAAUUAUACCAAUUGCCAACAGAACUAAAGAUGCAAAAGAUAGUUCAUGUAUAUAGCAAAUGAGUAAGUUUUUGAAAACCAGUGUCAACUGGAUACCAAAAAUGAACAUUUUUUGAGAAAUAAAAAUGAUAGCAUUUCUUAGGCAUAAUGGGCCUUUAAUUAUGUAAAUUUUGUUAUUAUACAUGUUCCAUGUUUAUAAUGUAUUAUAUUGGUGUAAAUAAGGUUUGUUUCUGUUUUUCUAUAAUCAGGGUACGACUAACUUAGUAUUAGACAAUAGUUUAUUUAAUUAAUUAUUUUUCAUAGAAUUUAUAUUUAUAAUUAUUUAGUUAUAAUUGUUUUUUAUGAGCAAAUUCAUACAGUAUUAUAAUUUAUUUUUUAGUAACUGUUGAAACCUUGACAUCUCUGUGUAUUAAUUAAAAUCAUACUGUCAAAAAAAUGAUGAAUUCUUUUAUGGAAGGUUGCGAUUAAACAAGCAGCUGGUGGUUGCUGAUGAUUCUGUCUUGAUGUAAACUUACAUCUGAUAUAAUGCAUAAAUGUUUCCCGGACUCGUAUUUUAUUGUAAGCUGACAAUUCAAAGAAUUCUUAAUGUUAUGAGAGAAGCUUCAUGAUAUUACAUUAUCUUCUGAUUGUAUUCUCUUGAAACUUCACACAUAUCUUUAAGAUCAUAAUGUUAGGUUAUUAUCCAAGAGCCAUAACUUUAUUAUCCAAGAGCCAUAACUCUAUCAUGGGUUUUUAAUAAAAGAUAUGCAUAUUUGUGAUCAUAGAAAAUCUAUUGUUAUGUCUUUACAUGCUAUCUCCUCAAUCCUUGAAGGAUUGAAGUUUAUCACUUGAAACUCUACACAUAUCUAGGAUUGAAAUUAUAGGUCAUUUUCCAAGACCCAUAACUCUAACAUGGGUUUUGACUUUAUCAUACCCCUUUGUAAAUUUAAAAGAUUUCUUGUUGAUGGGGCUUUUUACAUUUUGUCCCUCGGAACCAUUUAAGGUAUUUAUUUGAAUUUUCACUUGUCAUCAGUAACAUUUUUGUAGGACAUUGAUCAAGAUUUUUUAAAUUAACAAAAAGGGUAUAAUGCAAUAAAAACUAAUGAAUUUUGAUUGAAUUUUACCCUUUUUGUGAAUUUAAAGAAUUCCUGCAUGGGCCUUUGUUUUCCUAUUAAGCACUGAAAAUAGUCAAGUACUCCCUUCAUCUUAUAUUGACCUUAUAAUUCUUGUGAUAUUUCUAUUUAUUUUAUCUUUUUAUUUUAAAAAGAAUCUGUGAUACAGUGUGAUAGUUCAUAGGUAUAAAAUAUUUUGUUUUAAUAGUGUUAACAUGCUUAUCUCCCUUUAAGUUUGUCUUUUUUAUGCAGUCUUGGUGCUUUUAGGCAAAUAUAAUUUUAUGUUUAUGAUUUUAUAACAAAACUUUAAGACUUGUGAUAAUAAAUA